AUGCUCGCGUCAGGACUCGCAGUACGAAGAAGUCCACCUGUUACUACAGAUCAAUUCCAUCAUAGAGAAUCGAUAUGGAGAAUCAUAGUUGAUAUCAUUUGUCUUCUCAUAUUGAUCGCUGCAGCUGCCGUGUCCAAUGCUAUUGCAAAACCAUUCACGCGUGGAUUUUUCUGUUCGGACACUUCAAUUCGAUACCCACAACGAACUAAUACUAUCCCGACAUAUGCCGCUAUUAUUCUAUCAAUUGGUCUCCCCCUUCUUGUGAUGUGGUUCACAGAAAUUUUCAAAAGAUUUUAUUUUUCUUAUUAUCCGAAACAACCGUUUCUAACUCGUUUGGAAUACUGUGGCACUCUCUUCACUUAUGUUUCACCAUUCCUUCGCAAUUUGUACGUUCUAACUGUUAUAUUUGCUUAUGGUUACGUAGCCACAUGGCUCUUAACGGAAAUAGCGAAGAAUUUCGUUGGAGAACUGAGACCACAUUUCUUAGCUGUUUGUCAACCUUCGUAUAAUUGUUCGGCCGUCACGUCGUUGUACCAAUAUGAUGCUUAUCUACAAGAAGGGGUUGAUUAUACAUGUCAAAAUACAGAUGCAGCUGCCGUACGAGAAGCACGUCGUUCGUUCUUCAGUGGACAUGCAUCAUCAAUAUUUUAUGGAUUCGCUUGGCUGAUUAUGUACCUUCAUGUUGCGUGGUCAUGGCGUCAUCUUGGCUUACUGGGCCACUUACUACAAGUCGGAUUAGCAGUGCUCGCAUUCUAUAUAGGAUAUACACGUAUAAGUGAUUUUCAACAUCAUUGGCACGAUGUCCUCACUGGUGCGAUUGUUGGUUCAUUGAUUGCAUUUUUUACCUUUAAAUUUAUUCUUGACUGGCAUCAGUAUAGUCCGCGAUUUUUGCCCUAUACAGCUGGAACUCAAUCGCAAAUACCGCCACCGUAUCAACCAAGAUUUGGCAAUCUUCGUCCACGACUUCCAUUCAGUUCCAUGCGUGUACGAAACUAUCCCUGA